UGUUCUGUUCUGUGCUGUCAAGUGUCAGCCCUUUGUCUAACCUACAAAUUAAUUUGUAAAUCGGCGUUUAUAUUAAUUUUAUUGAUAGUAGAAUGGCUUUAAUUAUGAAUUCUAUAGCAAGAAAUUGUUUCUAUUCAAAUUUACGUUUUAUGUGUCCAUCAAGUUACCUGAGCUUGACACAAAUCAAAACUCUCUAUUCGCCUGCCACGCUCGGUAUCGAUGGGUUUUUACAAUCAAGAAAGAGGUGUAAGGAACAAUUUACUAACUACGCUGAAAAGUUCAGGUCGAAGAUGAAUGAGUUUGUAUCAAGCAACGAGAGUAUGAUAUUUACUGAAGAUUUGAAGAACAUGGUACAUUUAGCUGAACCCACAGACUUAAAGCUCAUUUUGAAUAUGAUUCAAAAGUUUAAUUCUCAAAACACUGAACUGAGAUUUGGAUCUUAUGUAUUUGGACCAGUUAUUAUGAGAAUGUUCCAUUUCCUGGAUGCACCUAAAGAAGCAUUACAGUGCUUCAAUGAUCCAAAGAAUGAAGGUUUCUUUGACCAAAUGAUCAGUCACCAGAUUCUAUUAGACCUGCUGUACAGUCAUGAGAUGUAUGAUGAAAUGUACCAAGUGUUUGAUAAAUCACAGCAAAAACAAAUUGGAAUGACCAAGUUUCCAAAAUACUGUGUGGUGGUUGUACUGGCUGCUUGCUACAAACAGAAUACACCAAAGAGUUUGGAGUAUGCAUCAAAACUAUGGUCAGAUAUGGCCAGCUCUGGAAGUGUACCAGUUAGAAGAGCUUGCACAUUUUUCGCUGGAUUGGCUUUGAAGCAAGGAGCACCACACAUAGCAAUGGAAUCAAUAACAUCGCAAAAACAGCAUUAUGUUUCUAUAAGGAAUAUCAAAGUAAUGGCAUUAGCAGAUAUGGGUCGAGUUGAAGAUACGUUUCCGAUACUGAGAUCUGUAAUGGAAAUUGAUUCGCCCGUGCAGAGCGAUAAACACACAUUCUUUGAAGAAGCCAUCGAAAGAGUACGAGUAGCGGUAGAGAAAGUCGACAAUAAAGAUAUAAAGAAGAAAUUCGAUGAAAUUGCAUACGCAUUGAAAGACAGAGGACUGAUUGAUAGUAGCAAGACCUUGGACCAGCUACUCAACAUGGAGAUAGACAGACCGAGGACAUUAGAUCAGAACAGAGGACAAUCUAACUUCGCGCAGAAAAAAAAACAACUCGGACCGCGCCCGAAGAAACGAAUUGUAUAGCGCAAACAACGUUAUUUCAUACAAGUCCAUAAAGUAGCCAGUUCUUAGUAUAUUUGGUCUGUACAUAAUAAUUAAUUGAUUAAACGGCUUAUUCAUGUGACCUUUUCGAGGAACCUCAACUAAUUUCAGGUCGCACCGGGACCUAUACUCAUUAGUCCACAUGAGUGAGCCAUAUAAUUUAAUUAAUUUAGUAUGUCUCAGAUAGUUACUGUAUAUAGUAGUUUUGCGAUUGUGUGAAAGUAUGUGAAUAAAAUGCUGUUAUAUACAACCAAACUAAGUGAAUAAUGCACCAUAAAGUAAUGUCGUUAUGGUUGAUAUUUGCAAUGCAUUAUUGUGUUAUAUUUUAUUAUUUGCAUUGAAAUAUCAACAUUAUAGUACAAUUUUUACGGUGUUAUAUUUACAAUAUGAACUUAAAUGAUGAGGUUCCCAAAAAUAGUGCAAUUAGGUAACAAAGCAUUUUUCAAAAAGUUUUUAUUAUUUAGAGGUACAUUGUUGUUUUGUAUGUUUGUUGAGUCUGUGUAUAAAAACAAAUUAAAA